CCAGCCGCCAGUGGUGCGUUCUACGUUUACGGCAGCCGCAGAUGCAUCAUCUGCUUCGCCGGAGAACAAGUGGAAAGUCUUGACACCUUUCAGGCAAGAGUCUUGCUUCGACCGAGAAUUGAGCAGUUCAUCGACUUUGAACGCAUCAGUCGAUGGAUUUCUGCUUGUGAAACAGAUCACUCCUCUACUUGCGGGCAGGAGACGAAAUCAUUCUCAGAAGCAUACCCGGGGCUGGAAGUCUUGCGCUUGAUCGAUGUACAUGACCUUUGCCUGGUUGAAGUAAAUGAUUUGCAGCCUUACAUAGCACUGAGCUAUGUCUGGGGCGGCAUUUCUACUGUCAGAAUGACAAGGGCCAACCUUUCACGAUUCCUGAAGCGGAAUUCCUUGGAACCAUCAGCCCGUAUUCCGAAGACGAUCAGAGACACCAUCGACCUGGCUCGGCGGUUGAACAUCCGAUAUAUUUGGGUUGACGCUUUUUGUCUUAUACAAGACGACUCAGAGGACUUGUUCCAGGGCAUCAGUGUAAUGGAUAAGAUAUUCCAGCGAUCCUGGUUGACGGCAGUGGCUGCAUCCGGGCAUACUGCCAACUCUGGUCUCCCUGGAUUUAGCGGAGGUAGUCGGGUGCCAAGAGAGGCCACAGUGAUACAGCCAGAUAUCUCUGUGACCGUUUUCAUGGAUUUGGAUGGCAUGCUGGAGUCCACUGUCUACCAGACCAGGGGAUGGACGAAUCCUCCCUUAGUCACAGAGCCCUAUACUUCUUUGAAAACGAAGUCUUCUUUCGGUGCCGUCGUGCCGACGUCUCUGAGUUUUGCAUCGACCAAGCACACAAUCCUAUACUGGCUGCACAUGGGGACGUUCUUUCCGCGCCUAAAAACCUAA